UUCAGGCAGCAGCAGCAGCAGCAGCAGCAGCAGCAGCAGCAGCAGCAGCAGCAGCAGCUCUAGCUCUCUUCCGCCAGCGCUGCAGGAAAGCAGGAAGAUGCCUCCAGCACGUCAGAGUCCAGAUUUACAACAGGAAGCACCCAAAGAGAAAGAUUAUCGAGUUCCAGGACUCCGAGGUGCCAGAACUACCACACUGUUCAGAGCUGUGAACCCGGAGCUUUUCAUUAAACCUAACAAAACAGUAAUGGCCUUUGGGCUUGUAACCAUUACUCUCUGUGUGGCUUAUAUUGGAUAUCUGCAUGCACAACAAGAGAAUAAAAAAGAUCUCUAUGAAGCUGUUGACAGUGAAGGAAACAGACAGAUGAAGCGGAAGACUUCUAAAUGGGAUUAAAGAAGCAUAUUGUCUGUAUGUAUCAAUAUGGAGGCAAAAAUUGAGGAUAUAUAGUAUUCUGAACUUCUUCAUAGUGGCUUCCUGAUUGUCAACCCUGCGUGUCAUGAAUUUUGACUGUCCCUUGUUGCUGUUUUUGAAAUUCUGGCAACACUAAUUCCACACGAGUGGGAUUUGGGGCCUCCUCAUUCUUGCUGCGUCCAGUAGGAAUUUUAAUAAUCACAGACUGGAAAGUGUACCUGUGCACUUCUAAUAUUGAGAGCCUAGAAGAAAAGCAUUACCUGUACAGGCAUACUUCAGAGAGAGAAGGGGAGAACAGACAAGCUUGCCUCACCAGCUCGCCAGUAUGUCAAAAAACAGACAAAUAUAAGUUUGGACACCAAAAUGGAAACCAAAAGAAAAUUUAAGGCUGGAGAAAUAAAAAUAAUAAUCCCUGGAUACAUUUUUGGAAGAAGCCUUCAAGUGGCCUUUAGAUUAUUCAAGAUGCUUUUGUUUAUUUACAUAAUAAAAUAAAAACUUUGCUGAA